CUAUAUAAGAAUUCCCUCGCUCCUCGUCUUCUGCAUUAAUCUCUCUCUCUCUCUCUCUCUCUCUGUGUCUGUCUGUCUGUCUGUGAAAGUGAAGAAAUGGUGAUCACGACCACCAACCCGGAUGCCGAAGAGCAGUUGCACUCUACUUUUGCUUCCAGAUAUGCGCGUGCACCCAUUCCCAAGUUCAAGAUGCCAGAGAAGUCCAUACCCAGCGAAGCGGCAUACCAGAUCAUAAACGACGAGUUGGCGCUGGAUGGGACGCCGAAGCUGAACUUGGCGUCGUUUGUGACCACUUGGAUGGAGCCUGAGUGUGAUAAGCUAAUCAUGGCCUCCAUUAACAAGAACUACGUUGACAUGGAUGAGUACCCUGUUACCACCGAGCUACAGAAUCGGUGCGUAAAUAUGAUAGCCCACCUGUUUAAUGCUCCUGUUGGGGCAACUGAAACUGCUGUUGGUGUGGCUACCGUAGGGUCAUCAGAGGCAAUGAUGCUGGCGGGUCUAGCUUUUAAAAGGAAGUGGCAGGCGAAGAGAAAAUUGGAGGGCAAGCCAUAUGAUAGGCCCAACAUAGUCACUGGAGCUAAUGUGCAGGUUUGCUGGGAGAAGUUUGCUAGGUACUUUGAGGUUGAGCUGAAGGAGGUAAAACUGUCAGAGGGAUAUUAUGUGAUGGAUCCUCUGAAAGCAGUUGAGAUGGUAGAUGAGAACACCAUAUGUGUUGCAGCAAUUCUAGGUUCAACCUUGACGGGAGAGUUCGAGAAUGUGAAACUCCUCAACGAACUACUUACCAAAAAGAACAAGGACACGGGGUGGGACACCCCAAUUCAUGUUGAUGCUGCCAGCGGAGGGUUUAUAGCUCCAUUCCUUUACCCUGAUCUUGAGUGGGAUUUUCGUUUGCCUUUAGUGAAGAGCAUAAAUGUUAGCGGUCACAAGUAUGGCCUUGUCUAUCCUGGUGUUGGCUGGGUUGUUUGGAGGAGUAAAGAGGACUUACCUGAUGAGCUCAUCUUUCACAUCAACUAUCUUGGAUCUGAUCAACCCACAUUCACCCUCAACUUCUCCAAAGGCUCUAGUCAAAUAAUCGGUCAAUAUUACCAGCUGAUACGGUUGGGCUUUGAGGGUUACAAGAACAUUAUGGAAAACUGCAUGGAGAAUGCCAGAGUGCUGAAACAAGGAAUAGAGAAAAUGGGGCGAUUCAAGAUUGUCUCCAAGGAUGUUGGAGUUCCCCUGGUAGCCUUCUCCCUGAAAGACAGCAGCAAAUACACCGUGUUUCAGAUAUCAGAGAAUUUGAGAAGGUAUGGGUGGAUCGUUCCAGCUUACACAAUGGCCCCUGAUGCCCAACACAUUGCUGUCCUUCGUGUAGUGGUUAGAGAAGAGUUUAGCCGGAGCCUGGCUGAGAGACUUGUUGCAGACCUUGAGAGAGUUGUGAGGAAGAUUGACACACUCCCCAGCACUGAAUCCACCAAAGAUGGUCAUAUCACAGCUAUUGUUGACGAGACACGGGACUCUGAUGGAGUCGCCAAACGAAUUAAAAAGAGUGAGACAGAGAUUGAGGAGGAGACAGUCACCUGCUGGCGGCGACUAGUGGAGGGCAAGAGGACUGGAGUUUGUUAGUCAUCAGAAGCUCUAUCUCUUCUGCUACUUCCUAAUAUUCAUCACAUUAGCUUUCUUAGUAAGCACAGGAUAUAUACAUGUAUAAUCUCUUAUUUGGGUUUGUCCACGACUUUGUUUUACUUCUUGAGCCACUAUGGUUUCCACAAAUGAAAUAUGUUCAUACACAGCUCAUGUAAAUACAGACUGGUUCUUGAACUGUAACUACUAAUAACUUAUAUUUGAUUGGUUUGAAAUGUUCUUGAA